AUGCCACCCAGGCCAGAAACAGAGGCAGGUUAUCUGCGCGGCCUGGCUUUCGAGGAACUUCGCCGUCGCAGCACGAGCAACUCGUCGCCAGCAGAAAUUGCCCGUGAAAGAGUGCUCGAAUAUCACCCGACGUCGCCAGUCGGCGGGAUCGAGGUCUCACGAUCAUCUGACGCGCUGGUGAAAAACCACUUUGUUGCCCCGGACAACGGCAUCUGUUGCGCGCAAAGCAGCCUGCCGCUGCCUGCCUCGUCGCUACCACCUCCCCACGAUCCCAAACCUGGAUCUGGAGUAUAUCGCCCGACCCUUUCCUUCUUCGGCAGAGCUUUCCAGCCCCAAGUAACACCGGAGUCGUCCUUGAGCGCGCCUCCGCUGUCUUUUGACUUCACCUUUGCUCUGCCGGCGGAGAUGGUACGAGAACACCAACCGGCGCGAAACCCAUUGGGACCAGCCAUGGGUAACUCUCAGCCUCCUCCUGAGCCCCAGGACAAUGACAAGAAAACCGGUACUACCGAGAUACCUGCAUCAAAGCCGCUUUAUCCGAGUCUGCAGAAUGCCUUUCCAGACCAGCCUCAGUUCGGGAGACCGUCAAUGCCAGGUGCCUCUCCACAGCCGUAUUCAAGAACACAGCCUCUGGUCAGACCGAAUAGCUCCGCUCCGCGACAAGUCAGUGGCAGCCAACCACGAGACAAGUAUUCCAACCUGUUUGUGUCGGCGAAGAAUCCGUCGCAGCGCCCAGAGCUGCACAAACCAAAGGCUAUCGCCGACCCUCUACAGGCCUUUAAGAGCGGCCAGACUGCAACGCAGCCCACCAGUUUGACUUCCUCUCGACCUGGUUCUCGCGAUAGCGACCUCUAUGAGAUCACCAAGACUGCCAACCUCCCCAGCUGGCAGCCUAAACCUUUCGUCCCUCCCACGUUCUCGUCUCAUCAGCCUCCAAAUCAAUUCUUCAGACCUCAAAAUGUCGUGGACCUCACAAGAGACCUUCCCGUUCCCCAUAGAACUACCUACCCUUCGAACGACUCCUAUCAGUUUGACCGCUUCGAAGCCACAGAUCCAUUCACAUAUAUGGAUUCGACCAAAGCCAACGAAGAGAUCAAGGCUUUGCUGGAAGGCGCUCUUGAGGACGAGGAGGAUAUCCCGCGCACAAGACGGAGAAAGAAACAACUCGACGAUAAGCUUGAAGAUCUUGCCAACAAGGUGAAGAAUCUCGGGGUGACCAGUGAGGACAAGACAGAGGACCCUGGUCAAGAGAAGGUUGAUGAAGAAGAUGACGGUACCGUUGAAGGUCUCGAAGUCAAACUGCUCCCUCAUCAGAUCGAUGGCGUCGACUGGAUGGUCAACAAGGAGACCGGGAAGAAUCCCACCAAAGGUGGCAUCCUGGCCGACGACAUGGGUCUCGGGAAGACAAUCCAGUCGAUUGCUCUGAUUCUCUCGAACCCUAAGCCCAGCGGAGAGGAAGUCGCAGAGGCCAAGCGCAAAUUUCCGGAAGGAGUUGUCAAGGGCACUCUGGUUGUCGCGCCUUUGGCCUUGAUCAAGCAAUGGGAAGGCGAAAUCAAAGACCGAGUUGAGGAGGACCACGCCCUCAGAAUAUGCGUUCAUCAUGGCCCGCAGAGAGCGAAAAGUAGCAAGGAACUGAAAAAGUACGACGUCGUUAUCACGACAUACCAAACUCUGUCCUCAGAGCAUGGCGGAUGCUCAGAAUCCCUCCGCGUUGGCUGCUUCGGCGUCCACUGGUAUCGAGUCAUCCUCGACGAGGCCCACUCCAUCAAGAACCGCAAUGCAAAAGCCACAAAAGCAGCCUGCGCGCUGGAUGCCGUCUACCGCUGGUGUCUAACCGGGACGCCCAUGCAGAACAACCUCGAUGAGCUGCAAAGCCUGGUCCACUUCCUUCGCAUCAAACCCUAUUCUGAAUUGGAGCACUGGCGCGAGAACAUUACUCGGCCGAUGAUCAAUGGCAAGGCUGGGCUCGCAUUUAGACGACUCAAGCUCAUCCUGAAGAGUUUCAUGAAGCGUCGGACCAAGGACAUUCUUAAGCAAGACAAUCAGCCCAAACAUGGUAAAACUCGCGCCAAAAAUGAAGGCAAAGACCCAGGGUUCAAGAUAGUAGCUCGAACCGUGGAGACCGUCGAAGCUGAGUUCAGUCCUUCGGAGCAGGAAUUCUACAACCGACUGGAGUCGAGAACGGAUCGAAGUCUCGAGAUGAUGAUGGCUGGGAACAAGAUGAGCUAUGCUUCGGCAUUGGUUCUACUCAUGCGCUUACGGCAAGCAUGCAAUCACCCGAAGCUCACGGGCAGCGAUCUGAGCACAGAGACUGAUGCAGCAAGUGGAAGUCAGACCCCGAGUCGGCGAAAAGCCAGCGUGGAGGACGACAUGGACAGUAUCGCGAAUAUGCUUGGUGGACUUAGUGUCGAGACCAAGAAGUGUGAUAUGUGUCUAACUGAGUUGACGCCUGGCGAGGCCGCUAAGGGUGCGAUUCGGUGUGUGGAGUGUCAAGAGGAUCUGGAUAAGCAGAACGAUCAAGUCAAGACGGUCGUGAAGAAGAAAAAGGAGAAGAGACGCAAAUCAGAGGUCAAGACAAUCAAAAAGCAGCGGAAAGUAGCACGACGUGUCGUCCUGGACAGCGACGAUGAAGACGAUGCUGAAACACCCGAAGACGACGAGGACGUUUCCUCCCUCUCAGGCGAGGAUGAAGACGAAGACGACGACGACGACUACGCCUCGUCUGACGAAUCGGACACAUCGCAACCCACAAUCAUGCAAUCGACAAAAAUCCGCCACCUGCUACACCUCCUCAAAGAAGACAGCCACACGCACAAAUACAUUGUCUUCUCCUUCUUCACAUCCAUGCUCGAUCUUAUCGAGCCCUUUAUGAAGACAAGCCGGAUCCGCUACGUCCGCUACGACGGAAAGAUGCGCAACGACGCGCGGGAAGCGGCUCUCCACGCCCUUCGCACGGACCCCUCGACAAGAGUUCUGCUCUGCUCUCUUCGAGCUGGCAGCUUGGGCCUCAAUCUGACGGCGGCAAGUCGCGUCGUGAUCCUUGAGCCGUUCUGGAAUCCCUUUGUCGAGGAACAAGCGAUUGAUCGCGUCCAUCGACUAAAUCAAACCGAAGAUGUCAAGGUCUACAAAAUGACCAUCAAGGGCACUGUCGAGGAGCGGAUUCUGGAACUCCAAGAGAAGAAGCGCGAGUUGGCAAGACAAACCAUUGAAGGACAGGCAGGCAAGAAGAAGGCCUUGGGUCUGAGUCUGCAGGAUAUGAUGCGGUUGUUUCGACGGGACGCGGAGGACGAGACGCCGGUUGACGUUGAGCAAGUGGGAAAGGGAAGGAGUAAGGGACUGUUAGAGCGGCGAGGGGAUAUGCCGACGACGAAUCCGAGUUCCGGGACAGCCUCUUCUACUACUUCUUUGGUUCCCAAUGGAGAAGAUCGUGGCCAGGCUCAUGCUCCGCGGAGGGGAGCCGGUGGUGGUGGAUGGUCCAGCAACAAGCCGCGCGUGAGUGGUGAUGCGAGCAAGAGGAAUGAGAAUCCUGUCUUCGGCAGGAGAUGGGAUUGA